AUGUCGGUGAUAAUUUUUGCGGGCCUUCUGAUUAGUGUGGUGCACGUGCUGGGUAGUCCAAUUUCCAUUGCUAACAAAGGUGAUGACUGGGAAUCGUUACACAAAGAUUUGGAAGAUGUUGAACGUUUUUUACGCAGACUUGGUACAAAGACAGAUUCGGAAGAAUUAAUUCCCAAUGCACCGAUUAAUAAUUAUAUUAAUCAAAAUAAACACAGAGUCCGUAAAAUUAAAACAAAAAAUGUCCACAAGCCUGCAGAACAAGAUGGACUGGAGUUCGAAUCUGAUAUGUCACUCUCACCGGAAGAGAAAGAAGACCUACAAGAAAUGGAAUCUAGAGGGCGUGUCCGUAGGAAGGCUGUAGCCAAUGAAAUGAAACUUUGGCCGAAUGGGAUAGUUUAUUAUCAGCUGUCAAGUGGACUUGAUCAAGAAGCCAUAACAAAUAUCAAGGCUGCCAUGAAGCUGUGGGAGGAGAGCACGUGUUUGAGGUUUAGGGAGUACAGUCAGAGAUCAGGGUCCUCGGACAGGAUUAUAUUUGUGCCCUCACAAGGAUGCCAGUCUCCCGUCGGUCGACGAGGUGGUCCCCAAGAAAUAAUGGUUGGAGGAUACUGCAAACAAUCGAUUGGAUCUAUUUCGCAUGAAAUUGCGCACAGCAUUGGAUUUUACCACGAACACUCUCGACCGGACAGGGACGAUCACGUGACAAUUUACACCAAUAAUAUCAAACAGGGGUUCGAAAUGGACUUUAAGAAAAUUGGUGUUCGAAGUAUAGAAGACAUUGAACCUUAUGAUGUAUCCUCUGUAAUGCAUUACGGUCCAACGUAUAUGAGUAAGGAUGGGCAGUCAAAAACAAUCGUACCACGCAUGAAGAACCUUCUUAACACGAUGGGUCAAAGGGAUGUUCUAAGUUUUCUGGACGUGAAAACUGCCAACGAUCUAUAUAAAUGUUCAGCAAGUUGUCCAGUUCAACUGAAUUGUAAAAAUGAGGGAUAUGUUGGACCAAACUGCGCAUGUCUGUGUCCCAACGGACUCUCCGGAAGAGACUGCUCGGAAGUUGCUCAAAGCAACACAAACUGUGGAGGCGAACUAACAGGAACGAGUGGAGUUUUCACGUCUCCAAACUAUCCAGGGGAUUACACGUCCUAUGCAGAGUGUACUUGGGUCAUUAAGGGACCACCCGGAUCCAGAAUUACACUCACUAUGGAGGAUUUUAUGGUAGAAAGUGACGUCACGUGUUACUAUGACUGGCUGGAAGUGUUUUUGGGUGGGCCUCACAUAGGUGGCGCUAGAUUUUGUGGGGAAGAACAGGGUGACGAAAACAGGCCUCCACGGACAUUGGAGUACCCUGGCAACACGCUGAUGGUCAAGCUCCACGCGGACGAUUCCAACGAGUUCACGGGCUUUAAGGCGAGAUACACCAUACAUACCUGAUAAUAUCUACAUCUCCUGCGAGUAUACAAAAUGGACUAAUAUAGAAUGGUCUUUUGCGCCUCUUCAUUCGAAUUUAAGGACACUGAGAUUGAAAAUUCUGAAUUUGUCUGUCAAAAGCGAAAUGAAACAUUUGUUUGUUUUUUAUGUGAAGUUAUU